AUGGUUUCCGCUGGGGGUCAUGGUGGGUACGGCAGCGACGGCGGCGACGGGCAGGAGGCCGUGGACUUCCGGGGCAACCCGGUGGACAAGUCGAGGACCGGAGGCUGGGUGGGCGCCGGGCUGAUCCUGGGCACGGAGCUGGCGGAGCGCGUGUGCGUGAUGGGCAUCUCCAUGAACCUGGUGACGUACCUGGUGGGCGAGCUGCACCUGUCCAACUCCAAGUCCGCUAACGUGGUGACCAACUUCAUGGGCACGCUCAACCUGCUCGCCCUCGUCGGCGGCUUCCUCGCCGACGCCAAGCUCGGCCGCUACCUCACCAUCGCCAUCUCCGCCACCAUCGCCGCCACCGGCGUGAGCCUGCUGACGGUUGACACGACGGUGCCGAGCAUGCGCCCGCCGGCGUGCGCGAACGCCCGCGGGCCACGCGCGCACCACGAGUGCGUCCCCGCGCGCGGCGGGCAGCUGGCGCUGCUGUACGCGGCGCUGUACACGAUCGCGGCGGGGGCGGGGGGGCUGAAGGCGAACGUGUCCGGGUUCGGGUCGGACCAGUUCGACGCGCGUGACCCACGGGAGGAGCGCGCCAUGGUGUUCUUCUUCAACCGCUUCUACUUCUGCAUCAGCCUGGGGUCGCUGUUCGCGGUCACCGUGCUGGUGUACGUGCAGGACAACGUGGGCCGGGCCUGGGGGUACGGCGUCUCCGCCGUCGCCAUGCUGCUCGCCGUCGCGGUGUUCGUGGCGGGCACGCCCAGGUACCGGUACCGCCGCCCGCAGGGCAGCCCGCUCACGGUCAUCGGGCGGGUGCUCGCCACGGCGUGGAGGAAGCGCCGGUUGACGCUCCCCGCCGACGCCGCCGAGCUCCACGGGUUCGCCGCGGCCAAGGUCGCCCACACGGACAGGCUCAGGUGCCUUGACAAGGCGGCAAUCGUGGAGGCCGACCUGUCCGCGCCGGCGGGGAAGCAGCAGGCGAGUUCGGCGGUGGCGGCGUCGACGGUGACGGAGGUGGAGGAGGUGAAGAUGGUGGUAAAGCUGCUGCCCAUCUGGUCCACGUGCAUCCUCUUCUGGACGGUCUACUCCCAGAUGACCACCUUCUCGGUGGAGCAGGCCACGCGCAUGGACCGCCACCUCCGCCGCCCGGGCUCCGGCUCCGGCGCCGGCGGCGGCUUCGCCGUCCCGGCGGGCUCCCUCUCCGUGUUCCUCUUCAUCUCCAUCCUGCUCUUCACCUCCCUCAACGAGCGCCUCCUCGUGCCGCUCGCCGCCCGCCUCACGGGCCGCCCGCAAGGGCUCACCUCGCUGCAGCGCGUCGGCACGGGGCUCGCGCUCUCCGUCGCCGCCAUGGCCGUCUCGGCGCUCGUCGAGAAGAAGCGCCGCGACGCGUCCAAUGGGCCCGGCCACGUCGCCAUCAGCGCCUUCUGGCUCGUCCCGCAGUUCUUCCUCGUGGGGGCCGGCGAGGCGUUCGCGUACGUGGGGCAGCUCGAGUUCUUCAUCCGCGAGGCGCCCGAGCGGAUGAAGUCCAUGAGCACCGGCCUGUUCCUCGUCACGCUCUCCACGGGCUUCUUCCUCAGCACCUUCCUCGUCUUCGCCGUCGACGCCGCCACCAGGGGCGCGUGGAUCCGGAACAACCUCGACCGCGGCAGGCUCGACCUCUUCUACUCGAUGCUCGCCGUGCUCGGGGUCGCCAACUUCGCCGUCUUCAUCGUCUUCGCCAGGCGCCACCAGUACAAGGCUAGCAACUUGCCGGCGGCAGUGGCGCCCGACGGCGCCGGGCAGAAGGAGAUGGACGACUUCGUCGCGGUGACGGAGGCCGUCGAAGGAAUGGACGUGUAG